CACAAACCAGACUCCACAAGACCACAACUCGUUAAUCCCUCGAUCUAAAGAAAAAAAAAACUCGUUAAUCCCUCACGCGGCUUCUCAAAUUCGCACGCGACGGGAUAAAAAGAAAAAAGAAGAGGAAUAAUUCGAAGGGAAGAGGAGGAGGAGGAUCUCAAUAUCUCAUCCUGCUGCCACUGCUCGACUCCUCCUACCCUCCCCCAAAUCCGCGAGCCUCUAGGGUUCGUGGGAUCCCCCGGAAAUGGAUCCGAACCCUAGACUUCUCAUCCUACUCGUCCUCCUCGCGUUCUCCGCCACCGUGGCGGUCGCCGAGGACGGCGAAUCGACGGGGGGAUCGAAGGUCUCGCUGGGGCGCCGUGCAGGGGGGUUCUUGCACGGGCUGAAGAAGGAAGCAGUGGUGGAGGGAGACCAUGGGGUGGCCCUCGAUGAGGUCGGCCCCGGGCUGUUCGAUGCGCUCUUCGCGAGUCUCUCGAUGAUCUUAGUCAGCGAGAUUGGAGAUGAAACCUUUAUUAUUGCGGCGCUAAUGGCAAUGCGGCACCCCAAGUCAAUCGUUCUGUCUGGUGCGCUAUCGGCGCUCUACGUGAUGACGGUACUAUCAACUGGACUUGGUAGGAUAGUCCCCAACUUGAUAUCAAGGAAGCACACUAACAGUGCUGCUACAGUUUUGUACUUGUUCUUUGGACUACGUUUGUUAUACAUUGCUUGGAAGUCUGACCCAAAGGGAUCUCAGAAGAAGGAAAUGGAAGAAGUGGAAGAGAAGCUUGAGUCAGGUCAAGGAAAAUCAACCCUUCGCCGGUUCUUUGGAAGAUUUUGUACACCGAUCUUUUUGGAGGCUUUUAUCUUAACCUUCUUAGCUGAAUGGGGCGACCGAAGCCAAAUAGCAACUAUUGCGCUUGCAACCCACAAGAAUGCAAUCGGAGUAGCAGUUGGAGCAUCAUUGGGCCACACUGUCUGCACAUCACUUGCAGUCAUAGGUGGGAGCAUGUUGGCAUCCAAGAUUUCACAACGGACAGUUGCAACAAUCGGAGGUGUUCUCUUCUUGGGGUUCUCCGUGUCAUCGUACUUCUAUCCCCCACUAUGAUUAACAGCAUUAACAGCUCCUUACUCUUUCUUGAUACCCUUUGGUCACCCUGCUCCCUGUGUUGAGCAAAUGAGUAGAGGAAUUAAAUUGAUUCUUUGGGCACCUCUACGCUACGAUUCGCAAUUCAUGUAUAGCCCUUGCAAAUGAAAUUGUUCCUGACCAUGCUACUUCACUUCAGUCUAUAGCAGAAGCCGUCUCGAUGAUGAAA